AUGAGCAGCAACACGUCGAAAGAGGAGCCCAAGACCUCGGUACAACAGCCGGCGGUGGAGGAAGACGACGAGCCAGAUGAGUGGGACAAGCGCAUCUUCAGCACCGGCUGUGCAGAGGAGAACAUGAAGAUGACCGACUGCUACUUUGAGACCAAGGACUGGAGGCAGUGCAAGGACGAGGCAAGCUCCCACCUUGGCAGCAAUCACAUAGAGGAGGGCAUUCGCUAA